AUGGCACCUGUGCGGGACCCCAACACGCUGUCCAACUACAACGAAUGGCGCACGAAGCACACCACGGCCGAUUUUAAGGUCGAUUUUACCGCCAAGUGCCUUCGCGGGUCUGUGGUCCUCGAGCUUGAGUCACAGACAGACAAGGCCAGCAAGGAGAUUAUCCUCGACUCCAGCUAUGUCGACGUCUCGGCUAUCACACUCAACUCGACCCCCUCGCAAUGGGAGGUCAGGGACCGCACAGGGCCCAGCGGCUCUCCAGUCCGCGUCGCAGUGCCCAAUGGCGCUGGCAAGGGGGAGGUGGUUAAGCUGGAGAUCGAGUUGGCCACCACGGACAAGUGCACUGCUCUCCAAUGGUUGACCCCGGCCCAGACGAGCAACAAGAAGGCUCCCUUCAUGUUCAGCCAGUGCCAGGCCAUCCAUGCGAGGUCCAUCUUCCCCUGCCAGGAUACGCCCGACGUCAAGAGCACCUACGACUUCAUCAUUCGCAGCCCCCAUGUUGUCGUUGCCAGCGGCGUCCCGGUGCCGGGUGAACCAGAGAGCGUGGGCGAGGACAAGGUCUACAAGUUCCACCAGAAGGUCCCCAUUCCUUCGUAUCUUUUUGCCGUGGCUUCUGGAGACAUUGCUAGUGCCAAGAUCGGAAGGUGCUCGUCAGUCGCCACGGGCCCCAACGAGCUGAAGGCCUCGCAAUGGGAGCUCGAGGAUGAUAUGGACAAGUUCCUGGACGCUGCCGAGAAGAUCGUCUUCCCUUACCAGUGGGGGGAGUACAAUGUCCUUGUCCUGCCCCCGAGCUUUCCGUACGGCGGCAUGGAAAACCCCAUCUUCACCUUCGCGACACCCACUAUCAUCAGCGGUGACCGGCAAAACAUUGAUGUCAUUGCCCACGAGCUCGCCCAUAGCUGGAGUGGCAACUUGGUGACAAGCUGCAGUUGGGAGCAUUUCUGGCUCAAUGAAGGAUGGACCGUGUAUCUGGAGCGCCGUAUUCUUGCUUCCAUCCACAAGAAUGACUCCUAUUUUGACUUUUCGGCCAUUAUCGGCUGGAAGCAUUUGGAGGAGGCGAUCGAGGAGUUCGGCAAAGACCACGAGUACACCAAGCUAUCCAUCAAACACGAUGGAAUUGACCCGGAUGAUGCCUUCAGCUCGGUACCUUACGAGAAGGGCUUUCACUUCAUCUGGUCCCUUGACCGUCUCGUUGGGCGCGAAAACUUCGACAAGUUCAUUCCCCAUUAUUUCAGCAAGUGGCAAAACAAAUCUCUGGAUUCAUUCGAGUUCAAGGACACUUUCCUAGAGUUCUUCAGCGCCCCAGAGUACUCCAAAUUGAAGGACAAGAUCUCGCAAAUCGACUGGGAGGGCCGUUUCUUCAACCCUGGCCUGCCGCCGAAGCCCGAGUUUGACACAACGCUUGUUGAUGGGUGCUUCCAACUCGCCAACAAGUGGAAGAGCAAGGACUUUUCUCCCAGCCCGUCGGACACAUCAUCUUGGACCGGAAACCAGCUUCUCGUGUUUUUGAACGUGGUCCAAGACUUCGAGGAACCACUAACGGCGGAGCAGUCGCAAAACAUGGGCAAGAUUUACGCUCUUGCUGACUCUAAAAAUGUCGAGCUCAAGGCAGCUUACUACCAAAUUGCGAUGAAGGCCAAGGACACCACCUCGUACCCAGGUGUGGCCGAGCUUCUCGGAAAUGUUGGUCGUAUGAAGUUUGUCCGGACGUUGUUCCGCACUCUCAACAAGGUGGACCGUGACCUUGCAGUCAAGACCUUUCAGAAGAACCGUGAUUUCUAUCACCCCAUCUGCCGCCAGCUGGUUGAGAAGGAUCUUGGGUUGGGAGAGUCAAAGUAG